UUCUAGAUGGCCCGUGUGGUGCCCAAAACUGAAGACAGUUUUAGCAUGCCUCGGCAUGCCGAUUUGCACUGAAACAAGUUCAGUGUCUUCAGUGUCGAUUUGCACAGCGCGAUGGACCUUUUCAUCUUCGUGCUUUGGGCGAGCGCGGUGGGUGCAUUGAGCGAAUCCUGGAUGACCGAUGGCCCUACAGACCACACCAGGUUGCAGAUCGGCUCACACGAAGUCAAAAGAGAAUGGAUGAUGAAUGACCUCAAGGCGAAGCUAAGAGCUCUUGAUGGUGGUGUUUGCCCCAAGAGUUUACCUGCACAUGGAAUCGGCGCGGACUUUGACUAUGGCAUCGGCUGUGCAUUUGUGGAGAAGAACUUGGCCGGAGCGGAGGGGAAGGGCUGUCGCUGUCCCAGCGUUCUGGACGUCUGCGCCACCGAGCCGCGUUUCCGCAGUGUUCGCCAGCUGGAUCCCAUGGCCGACCGGACCGUCCCAGUCUUCGGGUAUUGUCGCACAGGCGCGCAGCGAUGACACCGUGCCUGGGUCUUUGCUCUCGGUGGCAUGCUGCUUCUGGGAGCAUUGGGAGGCACAGCAGUGCUGCUGAAGAGGAGAAGCCGUGUAGAUGUCUCCAGAAGAGAAGCAGGACACACCCCAGCCAAAGCUGCUGUGGCUUAGCAAAAAGA